GUCGGACUCAUUCCGCAUUGACUAAAUAAGUGUUACAAGCAUGACCUGAACGUCAUACAAAAGCGGAAGUGAUUACGCUGACGGCCGGCUUGGUCUCAAUAUUGUGUUCGGAACAACGGGUGGGUCCUCUGAUCCACAUAAAACCUCCACCGCCGUCCCCGUAGUGCAGGCCGCCCCUAGUUCGCGAGAACACCUUCAACCAGGAUUUAUUGCCACAAUAUGGUUCACAACACAGCAGUGCUUGGAGGAACUGCCUCCAACGUCAAGGUCGCCAAGGUCGCUCAUGGCUUGAUGAGGAUGACGUGGAGCAGCGAAAGGGUUGUUCCUGAUGAGCAAUGCUUCGAGGCCAUUAAGGCCAGCGUUGACGCCGCACCUCCCGGUGCCAAGAUGUUCAUGAGCAGUGCCGAAUUCUUUGGCCCCGGAGAGUCUACCGCAAACUUGGAAAUGCUCUCGAGGUUCUUCGAGAAAUACCCGGAUUACACGGAUAGGACUUUCCUUGUAGUCAGCGGCGGUUGCAAGGAGCGCAGCCUGGUACCCGACGCUUCCCCAGAGAACCUCCGCCGCAGCGUUGACAACAUCAACGCCGCGCUUCGCGGAAAAAAGCGCAUGGAUCUCUUCCAGUGUGGGCGUGUUGACAAGAAGGUGCCCAUCGAGGACACGAUUAGGACGCUCGUGGGACUCAUCAAGGAGGGCAAGUUUGAUCACAUCGGCAUGUCGGAGUGCAGUGCGCAGACGCUGCGAAAGGCGCAUGCGGUUUACCCGAUCUCUGUCGUGGAGAUUGAGAUUAGUCCUUGGUCGUACGAGGAAGAGACCAGAAAGGUCAUUGCCAUUGCAAAGGAACUUGGCGUCGCGGUUUCAGCAUAUUCUCCGCUAGGCAUGGGCUUCCUAACCGGUUCAAUCAAGACGGUUGACGACAUUCUCGCGAGUGAUAUGCGCCGUAGCAUGGUUAGAUUUCAGGAGGAAGCGAUCGAGCACAACAUGGCACUCGUGCGCGACCUCACAGCCAUCGCCGAACGGAGGAAGAUCACACCUGCUCAGCUCUGCAUCGCCUGGGUCAGCUCGCUCGGCCCGCACGUUGUGCCCAUGCCAGGCUCCUCGGCGAAGAAACGCACGCUGGAGAACCUCGCGAGUGAUGAUGUGGAGUUUUCGAAGGACGAGCUGGCGGAGAUCAAUGAGGUGAUUAACAAGCAUGAGGUCAAGGGCCAAAGGUACUAUGGCGAACCGGAGAGGGAGAACUUGUGGGGAUGAGCUGGAGAAGGAGGGUGCCAGUCAUAAUUUGAUGUUGAUGUACUACCAUUGAACUUAGAGAACACCGAUUGUCCUGAUAUUCCUCUACAGUAAUAAGAAACUGCAGCCUACUUAGAAAUUUGGAGCCUCAGAGCUGCUCACCUUUACUG